CCAGGUUAUUAGACCAGGUGCACCAUCUAAUGGCCAUCUUAAGAUACAUUUUUAAGAGGACAGUUUUUUCUGCUUGUCUGCGUGUGUGCCCGAUUGCCACUAGAUGGUGUCCCAGACCUCACAAUGUUAAAAAAUGUGAAACUGUAGCCAGUUGUGAAAUGCUGUAGCAACAUUAGUCUUCAACACGGAUUAAGAUAAGUGGCUACAGGGCGCAAUCGUAGGUGUGCUUUCAGGAAGCAUGAAACCACAGGUGAUGCUCUUCCCUAGGGCUGCACUGUAACUCUAAGCCAGUUAAACGCAGCCUAUAGAUCUGAUCAUUCACCUGGGAGACUAGGACGGAGUGUUUGUGGAUAGUUUGCCUGGAAAAUUGCUUGUAAUGUAUAAUAAUUGUACAUUGGGAUGGUUAUAGUGUUAACCACAGUAUGUUCGGCACAUUGGAACAAAGUCACAUAUGCUGGGACAGGGACAUAUGCUGAUAUUGCCUAGCUGAUCCAGUUUUGAUAAUGAUUGAGGUUUAUCGGCAAGCUGGUAGAGGUUUAUUUGGUGCAUGAAUGUAGCCUAAAAGUGAUUCUGAAAUAAUCAGUGAGGAAGGAAAUGUGUCAAUUCAUGAGUUCUGUUCUUAUAAUAGGAGGGGCAAUCAAAUUAAAAACGUGUUUACGAAUUUAUUCACAAGCUCAUAUGACAAACUGUCGUGAGCAAGUCGACUCAAGUGAACCCCAAGACUAAGGAAAAUGGUCAAGAAGUCGAUUAUCGCUGGUGUGGUGGUACUGCUGGUGGCUUUGGUGUGCAUCUUUCUGGGCAUCUUCUUUGGAGUGGGAAAUAAGAGGACCCGCUUUCCAGACCACUUCUACUCCAAGGCAGCUGUGGCGGCAGAUGCAGGGAAAUGCUCUGAGAUUGGCAGGGACAUCCUAAAGAGGAACGGCUCAGCAGUGGAUGCCUCUAUCGCCGCCCUGCUGUGUGUAGGGCUCAUGAAUGCUCACAGCAUGGGAAUUGGAGGGGGGCUCUUCUUCACCAUCUAUAAUGCAUCUACAGGAAAGGUAGAAACCAUUGAUGCAAGGGAGACUGCACCCAUGAAUGCAACGGAAAACAUGUUUGGCAAUAAUACCCAGCUAUCUCGGAAAGGUGGGCUGGCCAUCGCCAUCCCUGGAGAGAUCCGCGGAUAUGAGAUGGCACACAAGCGUCAUGGAAGACUACCUUGGGCAGAGCUGUUUGAACCCAGCAUCGCAUUGGCACGCAGAGGAUUCCCCGUCGGCAAAGCACUGGCUAAAGCCAUCGCCAAGAACCAGGACACCAUCCUGAAUGAUGAGGACUUUUGUGAAGUGUUUUGUGACACGCACAGAAACGUCCUGAAGGAAAACGAUAUUAUUAAAUUUAUUAAACUAGCUGACACCUACCAAAGGAUAGCAGAAGAGGGGCCCGAUGUUUUCUACAAUGGGACUAUGGGUCACAGUAUUGUGGAGGAAAUCCAGGCUGCAGGGGGAAUUAUAACACUGGAGGACCUGGCUGGCUAUGAACCCCUGCUAAACGAAAACCCACUGAAGCUCAAUGUGGGGGAGUACACCGUGCACGUCCCAGAUGCCCCCUCCAGCGGUCCUGUGCUUGCCCUCAUACUCAACAUUGUCGAUGGCUAUAACUUCACAGGUAUGAGUGUCUCUAACUCUGAGAAGAAGACGCUGACAUAUCAUCGCAUUGUGGAGGCCUUUCGCUUUGCCUACGCCAAGAGAAGCCAUCUGGGUGACCCGCGCUUUCUCAACAUCACAGACCUUAUUCACAAUAUGACCUCAGACUACUUCGCAGACAGAAUCAGGAGUAAAAUCACAGAUGACACCACUCACCCUGACGACUAUUAUGAGCCGGACUACUUUGUCCCUGACAACCAUGGAACAGCCCACCUGUCCGUCAUAGCAGAAGAUGGCAGUGCUGUGGCAGCCACCAGCACUAUUAACCUGUAUUUUGGUGCUAAAGUUAUGUCUCACUCGACUGGGAUCAUCUUCAAUGAUGAGAUGGAUGACUUCAGUUCUCCCUAUAUGACUAACGGAUUUGGGAUACCUCCAUCACCAAACAACUUCAUCCAGCCAGGUAAACGGCCACUUUCAUCCAUGUGUCCAACCAUUAUCUUCGACAAACACAACAAAGUGAAAAUGGUGGUGGGAGCCUCUGGGGGCACAAUGAUCACAACCGCGACCGCUCUGGUAAGCUUGUUGCUUUUUGUGUUGUUUUUUCACCCACCGAGGACCUUUCAGUGCUGUAUACUGAGCCUAAAGGAAAUGCAACCCCCAGCACUGGCCCUCUCGUUUCUGCUCCAGGUGAUUCUCAAUUCGUUGGUCUUCAACUAUGACCUGAAGAAAGCAGUGACGGAACCCAGGGUCCACAACCAGCUCAAUCCCAAUAUGACCAUGGUGGAGGAGGACUUUGAGAAGAGUGUUCUGGAUGGCCUGGAGCAGAAAAACCAUGUGACAAAGCUGCACCAGACCCCAGGGGCAGUCGUGCAGGCUGUGGUUCGCCAGGGAGACCAUAUCUGUGCCGAAUCUGAUCCCAGGAAAGGCGGUUAUCCAGCCGGGUACUGACCUCUAAGAGAUUGGUAUCAUUCAACAUCACUCCCCCACACCUGGGGCCCGCAGGCCUGCCACAGAGCAAUGAGCAAGAGCCAUGAGCAAGCAGAGCCAGAGCAAGAACCAUGCUCCCUUUCUAUACGCAAUGUCCCAAAUGUCUUUCAGGGAGAUUUGAUUGUGGCCUCCUUAAGGAGAGCCAGCCUGUUGCUUGCUCCAUGUUUAGCCUGUUUUACUUCACCAGGGGUUAAAUAAAACAGCUCCACUUCCAUUUCAAUACCUCUAAUUUUCACUCUUGAACUUGUUUUUUAAAAGUGCUAUUUUUUUGUCAGCAUUAUUUCAUAUCAGUUUUGUGUUUUUGAAAACAAAGUGAGAUUUUUGCAACUCCGGGAGUGGCAUUUUUUAAUCCUAGCCUUGUAUCAAGUGACAAAUCAUCAUCAUUAUAAAUAGAGAAACAAUAUUUGUAGGUGGCGUCAUGUACACGUUUGCCAACACCAGUUCUCUUACUGUAAAUAUCAAAAGAUCAUGGGGGGGGGUUGCGUGUGAUGGAGUUAGUGGUAUAAUUUCUACUUCAUUAGAUACAAUCAACACAACUCCAGUGCCUGCUUGGAGAUUACAGGGAAUACAUUGUGGUAUGUAUACAUUCACAUAUGCACCAACAUAAACAAAAAUGAAAUGUUAGUUCACAUCAGACACGAUUCUACUAUUUUUUUCUUUGAAUUAACAGACAUGUUUAUUUAUAGAGAUGAAAGAAAAGGGGCACUACUGUUUUUAAAAUAUUAGUAGACUGUCAAUUGUCUUCUUUCUUUCAAAUAUGGCUAAAAGAUUAUUGUUACAUUUUUCAUAUAAUAAAAUAAUAAAGGAAGAAAAAUAAAGGUAUAAUGAAGGAAGCCUUGUCUCUCAUCUGUGAUCGUAUGCAGUAGCAUGGCUGAUUAACACAAGACUCCAUUAUCUUCAUAUCAAGGUCUACUACCCGCUUGUUCAGGGAUUUCAAUUACAGUUUUUUUUUUCAUCAAAGAAAACAAGAUGAUGUAUAUAUUUUUCCCCACAACUGUGAUUAGACUGUGGAAUUCUGUCUCUUGUCAUUGAAGAUUCUAUGAAAAUCUCAUUGGAAAUGAGUCGGACUGGAAAGCUACUUUGGGCUAUGGGUUUAAGGGAUAUGUUUGACUUUCAUACUGGCAAAAUUUCUCCCAUUGAGUUCCAUUGGGAAAUUAUUUUUUCUAAUGAUUUUUUUCUAUAUCAUCAUGAUGCUAUGUGUAGACUGAGAAAAACAUAGAAAAAUAGUUUGUUAAUGUUUAAUAUCAAGUAAGACUAAAGAGGUAAAUGUAUAGUAUAUUUGAAAAGACAUUUGCAUAUAUAUUUUUUUAAAACAUACAUUGUUCUUUUGCCAUGCUUGUUAUUAAACAUUUUAUAAAACA